CAUCACAGCUUCUCCUUUGAUAUUUUUGGUGGAUCACUACAGAAACGGGGAAAACUCACCUUGUCACAGAGUGGUACAUUGUCUGCCAUAACCACUUCACUUGGCUGUAUAUUGCUGCUCUUAGAAACUUGGACACUUUUUGGUGAUACUACAAAAGGAUAUAAUGACUCAAGCUGCCUGUUCUUUGGGAUGCUAAUCAACAAAGAUUGUCUGGGUGUAGUUCCUCUUUGAACCAACAAAGAAUGACUGUUGCCUUGGAAAGAAAUUCUUUAGUUGCUUUCAUUGUCAGCCAGUUUGUGUGGUCACCAUAGGAGACGAUGCUGUGAUUUUAGCUUUCAGAAGUCCAAUCUACAUCGUCUCUUUUUCUCUUAACAUUCUCUUCUCUUCUGCCCUAUGAAGGAGACAAAGCUAGCUGAAACUGAUUCUACUGUUCAGAAGGCUGAAGAUAUGGUCAGCACAAUGCUUGCAAAGGGCUUUGUCUUGGGAAAGGAUGCCAUCAACAAGGCGAAGGUUUUUGACGAGCAGCACAAAUUGACCUCAAAUCCAUCGGCCACGGUAGCUUCCAUUGAUCGUAAAAUGGGUCUGAGUGAAAAGCUAAGCAUCGGGACGGCUGUGGUAAAUGACAAGUUGAAAGAGAUGGAUGAACGAUUCCAAGUAUCUGAAAAGACAAAGUCUGCCUUUGCCGUUUCCGAGCAGAAGGCAAGUAGUGCAGGAUCUGUCAUAAUGAGCAAUCGUUAUGUAUCUGCUGGAGCUUUGUGGUUUUCAAAUGCAUUUAGUGCAGUUGCAAAGGCAGCAGAAGAUGUUGGUGUGAUGACCAAGGAGAAGGUUGAAAAGGCUGAGGAGGACAAGCUGUAAUAUCUUUACAGGGAGAGAACAGCGAUUAUUAAGGACUUUGCGCAUAUCCAUCUCGAUGAAUCUUCAUCAGCAGAGCCUGCUAUUAUUCCUGUUUAUUCAGCUGACACCAAGAUGUUAUGCACUAAUUAAUGAUUUUGCAUGAG